AUGGAAUUUGAAUCAAGGUAUGAGAUUAAUCGAACGGCAGAGUUCAUAAUCAGCAAAACCUUCACCAGAAUUGCUUUACAGUUCCCGGAUGAGUUGUUAAAGGAUUCGACUAAGGUCGUGAGUGCUCUCAAGAGCAAAACUCGUUUGCUUAUGAAAGAGAGGAAUAGUGAAAGAGGUGAAGAUGAUAGAGAAGUUAGGUUCUUUGUUAUGGCUGACACAACUUAUGGUAGUUGCUGCAUUGAUGAAGUUGGAGCUUUGCAUAUUGAUUCUCAAUGUGUUGUCCAUUACGGACAAACAUGUCUAAGCCCGACAUCGGUUCUUCCAGCAUUCUUUGUUUUCGGGAAAGCUUCAAUAAACGUUUCCAGCUGUGUAAAGCAUUUGUUAGAUCAUGUGGCUAAAAGCGAUAAGCCAGUUAUGGUUCUUUAUGGACUCGACUAUGCUCAUGUGAUUCCAUGUAUUCGAGAAGAAUUGAUGGAAGAAUUAGGAUUAUCAAAGGCUGAAUCUCACUUGAAGUUCUCCGUAGCUGAUGUCUUGUGUUCAUUCAUUAGUCCGACCAAAGAUCCUAGGGAAUCCAUGGAACAUCCAGGACCAUCUGGCAAAAGUGGUUCGAAUGAUAGCUUGUCCCCGUCUAGUGGAAACUAUAGAUUAGGAGGGCUAACUUGGGACUUACCUGAAGGAAACAAAAUUGAAGACUAUUUACUUUUCUGGAUUGGUUCCGACAAUUCAGCUUUCGCCAAUGUAGUACUGACCUUCAAUGGUUGUGACGUAGUCAGAUAUGAUGCUGAGGAAGACUCUUUGGUGACGGAAUUUACUCAACAGAGAAGGAUACUUAAACGACGAUAUUACUUGGUGGAGAAAGCUAAGGAUGCGAAUAUUAUAGGUAUUUUGGUGGGGACUCUUGGUGUAGCUGGUUACCUGCACAUGAUUCACCAUAUGCAAGCUCUCAUAUCCGCAGCUGGAAAAAAAUCUUACACUCUUGCAAUGGGACGGCCUAACCCAGCCAAACUCGCAAACUUCCCUGAGUGCGAUGUUUUCAUUUACAUCUCAUGCGCCCAAACCGCUCUUUUAGAUAGCAAAGAGUUCAUGGCCCCUGUCAUAACUCCGUUUGAAGCCAAGCUUGCUUUUAGCAGAGGGAGUGAGUGGACAGGUGCAUACCUAAUGCAUUUCCAAGAUGGUGGUUACGUAGAAGAUCACAAUACAAGCGGUAUCAUAGAAGCUCAAUACAUUUUUCAAUCAGCAAACGCCAUUUCUGAUUCCGUGAGUUUCACAAAUAGUUACUUCCUUGCUGCAGAUCCAGCUAAGAAUGGCGAGGAAGACACAGGAGAGACAAUGGCGUUGGUACAAGCUGCAGAGAAAGCAUUGCAAUUAAGAGGCAAAGAUCACAACCCACUCACUAAACAAACCGCUGCAAAAUCCGGACCUGAGUAUUUCCUCAACCGUGGUUAUCGUGGUCUGGAGUUAAACAGCGAUAAUACUUCACCCGAGCCUUUCAUAGUUGGGAGAAGUGGGAAGGCAUCGGGAUACAGGCACGAGUAA